AAAAGUAGUGCGAGUCUAUCGAGAUUUAGUGCGGUCUUAACAUUAAAAAUGGCCACCCAACGUUAAAAGUGUAAAAAUUCUCAAGACACACAUAAAACAAACAAACAAGAGAAAACAAAAGACAAUCCAAACAAAAAUAGAAGACUUUCGGAAGAACAACAACCGAGCAUUCGAUGUAAUUAAGAGACGGGAACUGAAUACAAAUACUGAUUGAUGUCCAUGAAAUGUACACAAUCUAGAUGUUUCCUGUUUGUUCGAUCAAGUCAACCCAAACUUCUGAUUGUGCCGAGAUCAGCUUCUUUCGAUGGGGGUCCUGCAUUCACUCAAGCUGAACUCUAACACAGAUGAUGAUGAUGAUCUGUAUCACAUAUAGCAAGGGUGGUGUUGGGGGUGAAGGAGGUCAUGUCAUUUCUGUGGUCCAGCAGCGGGCAUUUCGUGCCCUUUUCCUCCCCUACCUCUCCCACCUCACUCCUGCCACAUUCUUACUGAAUCCUUCAACUGGAAUUUGAACCUGAACACCAUCUGACUCUAAGUUGUCAAGCCCCGAGGGCUGCAUUGAAGUAGGGAACAUUGCUGGGGUUCUGUGUAGAUCUAUAUUUCAGGGACUGUUAGACUGGUUUUAAAUCUACACAGGAAAGGAACUGACUUCACAUACAUACCUAAAUGUGUGUAUAUAUAUAUAUAUGAGCACAUAGCCAGAAGAAUAUAUACACAGACAUUCCAACAUAACAGUAUAACACACAGCUAUAUAUUGCUUCCACACAUGUGUAUGCAGAAGGCUAUAUACAUAUCCAUUAUAUACUAAGCUAUCACAACUGCACACCUAAAUGCAUACUGCACUUGUGUUAUGGAGCAUAUACUGGAUAGUAACAGUUUAAUAGCAGUAACAACAACACCAAUAACUGCAGCAGUAGCAAUAGCAACAACAACCACUAGCGCUAUCACCACCACUACUACAUCUCUUCCUGGCUAUGAACUAACAGAAGGUGUUGUACACACUGUGAGCAACGAGCUGCAACCAAACAGCACCAAGGCACUUGGCCGAACGACUUGCAACAUCUGUGGCAAAGCAUUCAGUCGCUAUGACAACCUGGAACGCCACAAAUUGACUCAUCAAGCUGUGAAACCAUUCAGCUGUGACCUCUGCAGCAAAUCAUUCUCUCGUAAGACCCACCUCAACCGGCACCAAGCGAUCCACACAGGUGAGAAACCUUUCAAGUGUAGCGUGUGUGGGUUCGGCUUCUCCCAAUACGUGAACCUCGUGCGGCACAUGCGCACGCACGACAACACAGCCAUGUCUACUAUUGUAUACGAAGGUGCAGUGCCACCGACCUCCGACCGACCUUACAAGUGCACCCUCUGCCAGCGUGCGUACAUACGCAACUCGGACUUCUUGCGGCACGUGAAAAGCCAUGGAGAGGCUGCCGGUCAGAACGUGGUGAUGGCCAAGGUGCCAGUAACGGUCAUGAUGACCCCACAACAAGCACCGCAACCACAACAACAGCAACUGCAGCUGACGCAGACGACAACAUCCCUCCCUCAGACGCCAACUGCCUUCCAACACGAGAACCCAUUCAAGUGUAACCUGUGUGGUGCUGUGUUCGCUGCAAACGGGGACCUCACCAAACACAUGAGGCAGCACCGCAAUGAGCUUGGGCGCAGUGACGACACUAAGACCUUCCCCAUCACGAAUGGCUAUGUGCACCAAGUGCAACAACUGCCCCAGGAGAAUUACUAUGACAGCAGUCGGCCAUAUAUUUGCAACGUGUGCGGCCGGACAUUCUCUCGGAACGGCGACCUCACUAGACACAUGCGCUCACAUCCGGAGAGUGCAUACGACUGCAAAGAGUGUCUGAAGGCACUGACUGAACGGCAGGAUGCAAGUGCACAAGGAAAAGUGCAGUCUGCUCCAUUGUACAAGUGCAACGUGUGCGGGAAGACGUUUUCAAACAACAGCUACUUUGAGCGUCACCAGAAACAGCACUCGCAAGAGAAACCGUUCAGCUGCGACGUGUGUGGCAAGGCAUUUCUGCAAAAGUAUCACAUGAUGGUGCACAAGCGGACGCACACCGGGGAGCGGCCCUUCCCGUGCCAGCUGUGUGGGUUUGCAUUCACACGCAAGGACCAUCUGGUGCGACACCAACGGCUCAACAAAAACGGAGGGAAGCUGAGCUGUGUUCCACAGAAUGCACUGAUUAACAACCUGCAACAACAGCAGCAGCAAGGGCAGUUUCAGACUGCGCAGCAAUUGCAGGAACAACAACAACAACAGCUUCAUGAACAACAACAACAACAGCAGCUUCAUGAACAGCAGCAACCUCAAGAACAACAACACUUACAGCAACAACAACUGCAGGAACAACAGCAGCAGCUGCAGGAACAGCAGCAGCAGCUGCAGGAACAACAACAGCAGCAGCUGCAAGAACAGCAGCAACAACAACAGCAGCAGCUGCAAGAACAACAACAGCAGCAACUGCAGGAGCAGCAGCUGCAAGAACAACAGCAGCAGCAACUGCAGGAACAGCUGCAAGAGCAGCAAUUGCAAGAGCUACAAGACCAACAGCAGCAGCUGCAAGAACACCAGCUGCAGGUGCAUCAGCAACAGCAACAGUUGGUGGUCAGUGUUGUAGAACCAAAUGGUGCAGGUGUUGUUGCACAGGCACAAGGUGUCGCCACCGCAAUGCCUCACUACAUCAACAUUUGACCUUCCUUACCAAACUUGACCUCUUGACCAAACUUGACCUCUUGACCAAACUUGACCUCUUUAUCAAACUUGACCUCUUGAUCCUGCUGAAUAAUCUCCAACUCCCUCGCCCUAACUUAACUCUUUCUUGCCUGUCCUCUCUAUUAUUUCUUGUCUCGUCUUAAUCUCUCGCAACCUCCCUAACCGGUUGCCUCUCCUACUCCCCCCCAUCCCAUGCCUUAGCCUCUCCUAAACUGUUUUGGUACAUCUUAACCUAAUCUCACUUGUACUCAUAUAAUUCCUUUUGACUUCUCAUCACUUGUCAUAGACUUCUUGGAUCUGACCUCCGUUGAUCCAGCCGGUCAGUUUCUUCGGACCCUAUGUCUCCCUAAUGUCACUUCCUCUAACCAGACACGCCCUCUCCAUCUCUCAAAUGUCUCUUCUCUUACCCUGAUCUCACCUCUAUACUCCCCCCACGUGACCUCGCCAAAAGACUUUGAGGUCAGCACUCUCGAACCAGUGACCUUUGUAUUAGCCCAUGGUUUGCUGUCAGGACUAACGAUGAGGUGGGAAGAGGUUGCCUCCAAUGUCUGGUGUCUGUGGGAAUUUCGCACAUACUCACACACACACACACACGCAUGCGUGCACACUGAAGUGUUCUGGUCUAACGUUCUGAAGUGUUCUGGUCUCACUAAUGAGGUGGUGUUGGGGAUGUUUUGGACAACACAAUAUUAUUGUUGGACAGGGAGACACAUACACACAUGAAUAUACUCUUACUCAUACACACAGGGACUAAAACAAGUUAUGCACACACAGCCAUACAUAUACACACACACAAAUUACUAUGGUCAGCUGUGAAAAAUUCUGAGACAAUGUGAUGGCCUUAAAUUUGGUUUAAAUUGGAGACAAGUGAAAGAGGACGUGUGUGUGUGUGAUGGAGGAGCUAGAUGUAUGAGGAAGUUGUGUUAUUGCUGCUACGCGUAAAGUACAUCCCUUAAUCAGGUCUGAGGUCUCGUAAUUGAACGCUUAGCUUACUGGCUAGGACAUCUGUGUCAGCUAAGACAGUCUUUUUUUUCAACAUGUAGCCAUCUUUGACAAGCAUCACCAUAACAUCUUUUGGACCAGCAUAUUAUUGUCAUAUCAUAUAUGAUACCAGUAAUCUAUUAUCACUGAAACUGUUGUUGACAUGUUACAGAAACAUGUGGGGACCUGGUCACAUGUAUGUUAGGUUGGUGACCUGCAAUGAUGCGGUCAUAACCUGAGGGGAUGAUAAAUAGGUCAACUUUGCCUUUUGUUCUUUUGGGAUUAAUAGAAUACUGUACCAGCCAAGUACUAAUGGCCUCUACCCCCAUCAAAAUUACUAGCCUUGUACUGAAAUCUGGAACCAUAAUUAUUGUUUACAAUAGAUAAUGAAGUUCUGUGGUUAGUCUUAAUAUGUGAGGCCAACUAUUAUUAUACUAGGGUGACUUAAGAGACAUUGUUAUGUACAUCAACAACAGAUUGACUGUUAUGAGAUAUAAAUGUGGAACAAAAUGAAGCAUUUCAUAAUAGGUAAGACUGUAUGGACAUGAUGACGGUUUUUGAGGAAGGUAUGUCAUAGGUAAGGCGUGUAACAUAAAUAUAAUUGGCUGAGAUCAGUGUUAGGGGAGACUGCAAAGAUACGUCACAGUGAGACCAUGAAUGAUAACCCGAUUGCUUUGUUUUCUUCUUGUUUUGAUUUCAUCCCUUUGGGGUUGAUAUAAUAAGUACCAGUCAUAUAUUGAGGUUGAUUCAAUUCACUACACACCUUCCCUAUGAAUUUUCAACUUUGUGUCAAAGUUAGAAAUUAUUAUUAUUAUUAUCAAAGGUGGUCAGCUGGCAGAAUCGUUAGCAUGCUGGGCGAAAUACUUAGCAGUAUUUUGUCUGUCUUUACUUUUUGAGAUCAAAUUCUGCCAAGGUCAACUUUGCCUUUCACCCUUUCAGGGCCAAUGAAAUAAGUACUGGGAUCAAUGUGAUCAACUGUCCCCUCCCCCAAAUUUUCAGGCCUUGUGCCUAUAGUAGAAAGGAUUAUUAUUAUUAUUAUUAUGAACGUAGUGAUCAGACAAAAUGUUUGUGGCAUUUCAUUCCACUCUUUACGUUCUGAGUUCAAAUCCUGCCACAGUCAACUUUGCCUUUUACCCUUUCGAGGAGGUCAAUAAAAUAUACAUUCCCAGCCAAAUACUGGGAGAGAGGUGUGUGUGUGUGUGGGGGGGGGUGCAAUGUAAUCAAAUUGGUCCCUGCCCCUACAAAAUUGCUUACCUUGUGCUAAAAUCUGAAGCCAUGACUACUACUACUACUACUAAUACUACUACUACUACUACUACUACUACUACCACUACUAAAUAUGAAAUAAUGAAGUGCGGUGCAACAGAUGGUUGAGUACCAGACUGAUUGAGGGCUGCAUGGCGUUUAGGUUUUGUUUCUACGCAUUAAGAUUGUGAAGGCGUGUGGCCCAGUGGUUUGGGAUGUUCAGCUCAUGUUCAUGAGGUGGGUUCAAUUCUUGGACCAAGCAGUAUGUCAUGUCUUUGAACAGGACAUUUCAUUUCACAUUGCUCCAGCUUACUUGUAAGCAUAAGAGCCAGCUGGAGCACUGGUGCUACUUAUUCUCUGCAACCCUACCCAGGUGUCAAAUUUUCCAGGUUCUACUGGAUAAUGGGUAGGAGGCCCCAGAAGUUGUCUCAGUCUGCUUGCGACUACAUAGGACCCCCUAAAACAAUUAGCAAAACUAUGGUCUCGUGUCACCAAGCCAUACUUGCCCAUCCAUGACUAACAGCUGGUUGUAUUAUACUGUUUCACCCCCUAAAUUCUGGGGUCAUGAUGUUAAUACCAGUUAUAUGCUGGGGUGGAGGAUAAUUGAUCCAAUUGAUUACACCACUCCCAAAAUAUGUGUGAUUUUGUUGUGCUAAGGUUUUGUUGUUAUUGUUAACACCAGCCCAACUCUGACCAAGCAGACCCAUGAUGAAAGAGUAUUCCAACCAUGACCAUGCCAUCUGUUUUGUAUACCAGGGACUUCAUUGUCCAAUCUGUCCUCUCUGUGUUUUUAUUUUCAACCAUGGUCUAUUGAAUUGCAUUAUUCACUGUGUCAGCCCCUUUUUAUCAGAUGGUUGGCUGUUCUUGGCGGGAGUGAAUUUAGGACCCCUUCACUGGAGAAGGAAUACCAAUAAAUGUUUGAUAAGGGCUGUGAAAAUUCACAACCCUUUAGCAUUUAAUCUAGCCAUGUCUGGCCCAGAUAUUCUGCCUGUUUUACAUUAAAACUGACCAGAUCCAAUGUUCCAGAGCUACUUUACAAUGUCAUUCUAAAAAAUAUACAAACACACCAUUGAAAUCUUGAAACUACAAGUCAAUGUGUCACUAAUUGAAAACAAUGUGAAUAAAUAGACAACAUGGUUGACAAAGAGAUCUGAAUCUUAAAGACGACUGAAGCUGAUUUUCUGACUGGAUAAGUGGGCCCCUUUUGGUAUCUCUUUAUCCCUUGAGUAAAUGAUCCACAUUAUGUACCUGACAAUGAAGUGGAUAAGGGUGUGUCCGAUUCAUUAGAAGGCUGCUGGGUGGUGGGGUUGCAGUAAGGUACCCAAGUUGAAUUGGGUGUAUUGGGGUACGAUUUAGCUUCCUGUAUGAGACCAAUGCAAUAGAGAAGUACACAGGUUGAUAAGAUAGUCAUUAGAUAGACAAGUGAGAUGAAGACAACUAGAUGGACAGGUGACAGGCAAACACAAUUAGGUCACAAAUGCCACUAGCCAGAAAUGACAAGGCACAUGGCUACUUUAACAGAUUAAAAAUAGGGACUACUUGAUAAAUGGGUGCCAAGAAAUUCCUAAUCAAUUAAUCUGUUUGUUGAACUUAAUUAUUUAAUUAACAUUGAAUCUAUUGCAGUUUAUGCUGUAUUAAAUACUGAAGACAUUUAGUUUUGGUCUCUUAAUUUUUGAGAGAACUUUCACUGCUGCCACAUUGCAACUCCCUGUUGUUUGUACCUGUGUGAUUGACUGUUUGAUCUGAAGUCUGUGAGAUACAAGAGAGAGAGAGAGAAUGAUGGAGUGGCAGACUAUAAGAGAGGAAGACCUGAGAAGAAGUGGUAAAGACGUGUGUGAAGGUGUGGAAGCCUAGUGGUUAGGCUCUUGCUCUCACGAUUCUGGCUCCAACUCCUUUGCGUUCUUGAGUAAAAGACUUCGUUUCACUCUGCCCUAGCCCUCCCCUUUCAAUCGGUGGGGAAUGUCGGGCCGGUCGCCUUGCCAGCGGGGGGUGGCGUCAUUUGAAGGUUAAAACACUACAAAAGUGCAUUGUGACCGGCGAUGUGUAACAAUAUCUGAUAGCCUGGUCAGUCACGUGAUAUAUAUAUAUAUAUGCACACACACACACAUAUGCAUGCAUACAGAGAGAGAGAGAGAAGAGGUUCUAUAGCACUGGAGCUGUUAUUUUUACAAUCAAUUGAAACUUAGUCUAAGGGAGAGAAGCAGCAGCUUUUGUUUAAACAAGAACUUUGUGAAAAUGUGAAGACCAAGACAGGUCAUCCAACAUUGCUAUAUAUAUAUAUAUAUAUAUAUAUUUCCAAGAACAUUGUGGAAAUUUGACAACCGAGAGGGGUCCUACAUUGUAAUAUAAAACAUUUAUUUCCAUGAACUUUGUGGAAAUGUGCAGACUAAGAGAAGUCCUACAGUUGUAAUAUAAAAAAAAAAAAAAUAAUAUAUUUCUGUGAACUUUUGUGGAAAUCCGGGGACCAAAAGAGGUCCCACGUUGUUACAUAAUUAUAUUUCCGUGAACUUUGUGGAAUGUCAGAACAAAGAGAAAUCCUAUAUUGUAAUAUAUAUUUCCUUCUAUGUUAAAACUACCUUUUUUUUCUAUUCUGGACAUUGAAGAAGGUAGAGGAAAUUGGAAAAAAAAAAAAUGAAAACCAAUGCACUAACAAACAAAAAAACAAUGUAAACACAAGCAUGGACGUAUUGUGUAGACAUUUUACAUAUAGCCCUGCUGUCAUACACCUGUAUGCACAGCUGCAAUGCCAUGUAGAAUACUAUAUAGCAGUACCACACUACAUAUUAUUGUCAUUGAAUAAAGAAGAGAAAACAAAUAAUAAA